AUGAUGGCGACCUCUAUCAUGACAACUUGCAAGCGCACCAACAACAUGGCCAGAGACAGAAUGGCCUUUUCUUUCGGUCAAGUAUUGAAAACCCCAUUCAGCACCACCACUGCUGCAUUUGCCCACUUCUCCCUAUCCAACCCGUCUGGGAUCGCAGUCCACGACCUCUCCACCAAUGUGUCACGGCAGCGUACAUAUGCAGAGCUGGCCAUGCACGCCCAGGCCCUCGCCUGGCACCUGCGCAGCAUUGGCGUGAAGCCGAACCAGAGGGUCCCUCUGGUGGUCAAGCGCAGCUACGAAAUGGUGAUUGGGAUAUGGGCCGUAUUGCUCUGCGGCGCCCAGUAUGUUCCCUUGGAUGGCGGGGUGGUGCCAGACUCGACCCUGCGCCACGUGCUACACCAAAGUGGCGGUAAUGUCUUGUUGUGCGUCUCAGCUACCGAGAAUAGAGUGCGAGAUCUAUUCCCGGACGCGCAGAUGGUGGUUGUGGAAGAGUGUACUACUGGAAACCCCAAAGGCGUUGACGUAACGCAUGAUAAUGUGACCAAUCUUGUUUGCCAGUAUCCUGGCAAUUUGGGUAUAAGGCCAGGCACGCGGGUUGGUCAAGUCUUGAAUAUCAGUUUUGACAUGGCGGCAACAGCGGGUGAGCCCACCACCCAGGCCUUGGCCGAUCUUUGGGCAACAGAGGCAGAAUACUGGAAUUGCUGCGGCCCAACCGAGACAACGAUUGUCAAUACCAUGAGCAGACAUGUAGCUGGACGGCCGAUUGACAUUGGAAAGCCGACUCCCAAUAACAAUGUGUAUAUUCUCGACGACAUGAUGCAACCUGUCGGGCUGGGCCAGACUGGUGUCAUGUGGGCUGGCGGGCGUGGUGUGUCUCGAGGCUACGUCGGGCUUGAGGAGAAAACAAAGGAAUCAUACCGGCUGGAUCCUUUUACAGACGAUGGGUCACUAAUGUAUCGAACCGGCGAUCUUGGCCAAUGGGAUGCUGAGGGGAACAUUCUAAUCCUUGGACGCUGCGACGACCAAGUCAAAGUCAAGGGAUUUCGAGUUGAGCUCGACGGCAUCUCGUCUUCGCUUCUGUCAGCCCCGGGCGUUUCCCAGGCAGCGGCUCUCUUCCUGGACGGACAGGUGCACGCAUUCGUGUCUCCUCCCCACCGGGACACGCAGUGUCUGUUUUCUUGCGUGGCAGAGCGGCAGCCCUACUAUGCGGUGCCUUCCGUCAUCCACCAGCUCGAGUCCUUUCCGGUCACGGCCAACGGCAAGACGGACAAGAAGGCUCUUGGCCGCAUCGCCGAGGAGGAAAAGCACAGACGAGACAGCCUCGCGUCGUCGGAAAAGACGAUGCCGAUGAGCGACAGGGAGACUCUGGUAGAGACGCCGCGCCAUGCUUCCUUUUCCUCGGCCACGACGGUCUUUUCGGAAAAGGCGGCCGGCAUCGAGGAGCUCGCCGUCCCGGGAAAGAAGCUGUCGCAGCCGUGGCGCGGCCUCGCGUACCGCAUCCUCAUCAUUUACCGCACCUUGUUCUCCGUGGUGGUGCUCCUCAACGCGGGCGUCCUUGCGCUGCUGCUGCUGCUGACGACGCCCCGCGCCGACGCGCAGCAGCUCCUCAAGCUUGUGGUCGCUGCGAACCUGACGCUCGCGGUCCUGGUCCGCCAAGACACCGUCAUCAACAUUCUGUACACGGUCUUUUGCUCGGUGCCCAAAACGGCGCCGCUGUGGAUCAGACGCCGGUGCGCCAAGAUUUACCACUUGGGCGGCGUGCACUCGGCGGCGGGCGUCUGCUCGACUGUCUGGCUGCUUGGGAGCAACAUUUCCUCGACAGUCUCGUACGUGCGCCGCGACGAGGAACGGACAGACUCGCUCGCUUCGAUUGUGGUUUCUUGGCUGAUUGGCGCGCUGUGCUGCACCAUGAUUGGCUUCGCGUACCCGACCUUUCGCAAGCGAUACCACAAUACCUUUGAGCAGUCGCACCGGUUCAUGGGAUGGACGACGCUUCUCCUCUUUUGGGUCAAGACUGUGCUCAACGCCAUGGAUAGCGCGCAGCAGCCGGGCCAGGCUCUGGGCAUGACUCUCGUGCAGAGUCCCGCAUUCUGGCUACUCGUCGUCGCUACCUGCAGCAUCGCAUCGUCCUGGCUUUUUCUCCGCAAAGUACCCGUCGAGACGGUCCCACUCUCUGACCAUGCGGCCGUCCUUUCCUUUACAUACACCGUGCCCGUCAACGGCAGCUUCACGCGGAUAUCUACCCGCCCGCUGCUCGAGUGGCACUCGUUUGCCACCAUCCCCCAGCCAGAGCCCAACGCGCUGGCUUCCCAAAAGGGAUACUCCCUCGUCGUGUCCAACGCCGGCGACUGGACCAAGUCGUGCAUCCAGAGGGCCCCGCGAUCCGUCUGGGUGCGCGGGGUGCCGACGUGCGGCGUCAUGCGCAUCGCGACGCUCUUUAACCGCAUCGUCGUCAUUGGCACCGGCUCGGGCAUCGGCCCGCUGCUCGGGCACAUUCAGAACCCGUCGUGCAAGACGCAGCUGCUGUGGUCGACCAAGAGCCCUGAAAAGACCUUUGGCAAGCCCGUGCUGGACACGAUAUACAGAACCAUUCCGGAUGCCGUCAUUCACGACACGGCGACAAAGGGACGGCCAGACCUGCUCAAGAUGGGAUACAACUUGGCGGUCGCGUCGGACGCCGAGGCGGUGAUUAUCAUUGCGAAUGAAAAGAUUACGAAAAAGGUGGUGUAUGGACUGGAAACGAGGGGGAUACCUGCGUAUGGAGCUAUUUGGGAUAGCUAA